AGUGAGAGAGAGAGAGAGAGAGAGAGAAGGGGUAAACAGAAAGAGACAGUGAGAGAGAGCUAGAGAGAGAGAGAGAGAGAGAGAGAGUGACGGGGAGGGACGGGCCACGGUGUUGUGGCAGCCACACACUUACACACACACAGUCGAAGCCACACACUCACACGCCCGGUGCUCUCUCUCUCGCUCUCCCUCUCUCAGUCUCUCAGUCGUGCUGAGAUCAUGGAGCGGCUGGUGGAGUCGGCGGCAGCAGCAGAGUGCGCAUUGUAGCCGGGGAUAUGUGAGUGUGAUGAGCCAUGGAGAGCAGCAGCAUGUUUCUGGGUAAUGCGUGUCAGAGUGGUUUGCUCCCUCUGGUGCGGGCUCCUCUCCCAGUGCAGUCGUCUCUGCGCCUCAAGCAGUUUCUCCCCUUCACACUGGACGCCAGCCCACUCAACCUGGUGCCCGGAUUCAGCGCUAUGGACCCGGUUCAGAAAGCUGUUCUACAUCACACGUUUGGCGUCACCGCUUCCGCUAAAAAGAAACAUGCCUCCUGCAACGUGUGCCAACUGCGAUUUAAUUCACAGAGCCAAGCGCUGGCCCACUACAAAGGCACCAAGCAUGCCAAGAGGCUCAAAUCCCUGGAUGCCCCCAAAUGCAAGCAGAAAAGCUCGGUGGUGACCAGGGAGAGUGCCAACAAGGAACCUUCCAAGAGCCUCUCUCCUCCUGCGCCACUGCAGAAUGGCACGGACUGGAAAGAAGGCAGUCCAGUGCCUCUAUCCCCAGUCCAGUCUGGCUCAAGCUCUGGCCCGGCCGAGGCCCAGUCUACCUCAGCAGCGCCUGCAGCAGGUGGGGAGGAGAGUCCCUGCCUGACGCCGGGAGCCCCCCAGUCCACAGAGCAGGAGGCGGAGCCUGAGCCUGAAACGGAAAAGGGAGAGACGGAGGAGGAGAAAGCCCUGCGCCUCCUCUACUGCUCCCUCUGCAAGGUGGCCGUCAACUCACCAUCCCAGCUGGAAGCACACAACAGCGGCACCAAGCACAAGACCAUGCUGGAGGCACGCAGUGGCAACGGUUCCAUCAAAUCCUUCCCCAGGCCAGGAGUGAAGAAUAAGCUGACAAUGCCCACAGGCUCAACCACAGGCCUCCAGAACAAAACGUUCCACUGUGAGACAUGUGACGUGCACGUGAACUCAGAGACGCAGCUCAAACAGCAUAUCAGCAGCCGGCGUCAUAAGGAUAGAGCAGCUGGAAAACCCGCCAAACCCAAAUACAGCCCCUACACCAAGACUCAAAGAGGACAGACCAAACAGCAAACGGUGAAACUUCCUCUGGGUAAGGACCUGUGCCAGCCGCUGACAGCUACGAUAGUGCCCUCCCACCUGGCAGCUGUCGCAGCAGCAGCCGCUGCUGUAGGCCCUGCUUUCCCGCUGCGUGCCAGCCAUAAUCCCUCUGUCUUUCAGACUCAGUCCCUCCCUGCGGCCCUUCUGCGUCCCGCCCCCGGGCCUAUUAGGACCUCCCAUGCACCGGUACUGUUUGCUCCCUACUGACCUCUGACCUGUGACCUCCGAUAAGUCUGAUGCACCGUCUCAGCCUUUGCGGUAAUGUGGUCCAGUCGUAACAUGGAUCACUGCCUUUUUCUCCAUCCCCACCCAGUGUCACACAAGACUGGACAUGAUGUAUGAUACUGUACCGCAAUAAUUAAAGAGACAAACCAGGUAACUAUGCAUUGUCAUCACCACGUGACACACUGACUCUAUAAAUGUAUUUAGGGAUAUAUUGUUUUUUCUGUUUAUUUUUUUGAUAUAGUGUCUUGUUGCUUCUAUGAAAAAGGGAUUUUUUUCUGUAUGAAAAUAAAGAGGCUGAAAAUAGUCUGGGGUAAAAUAAGUUCUACUGCUCUGCUGGUUGCACUUUAAGCCUCUCCUUCUGUGGAUGUCUUCAGUGCUUUAGAUGGCUAGAACGUGUCUUAUUCCUUCCUGUAUAUGGUCUUUGUUUUUAUAUGUGUGCGUGUGCGUGUUGAUGUAGUGUGAAUGGAAAAUGAGAAUAAAAAAGUGGGUCUUCUCCAAAGUGAAAUACUGCUGAUAUAUUUCAAAGCUAGGUGCAAAAGAACAGCAGGAUACCUUGGAUACAUGCUAAGCAGAUACAUGUGUGUGUGUGUGUGUGUGUGUGUGUGUGUGUGUGUGUGUGUGUGUGUUUGUGUGCAAAAAAGUGAUGCAUUUUACUUGACUCAUGAGAGUACAGUGUUUCACAUGAAAAAACAGUGGCAAACUGUGAGUAUCAGAGCUAGACCUUCAUUUUGGGCCAUAAAUAGCAAAACACUGUUUCUGCUAGUUCAUUUAGGGGAAUUUGAAUGUUAUGUUAAUGAUUUUUUUGGGCCAUUCUAGAUUCAUUUGAAGCUUGUGAAAGAUAUUCGAUUUGCUUUUUUGAAGCCUGUAACAGAUAUUAACAUUUACCUUGAAACAGUUUUACAGAGACUUUUUCAGAAAACAGUCCUAGCAUAAAGCUGCUGCCACUGUUUUCCAUUUCUAAAAACUGAAAUCUGGUUAAGCUACAACUUGUAUUUGCAGUCAGUGAUGUAUCUAGAACUUCCAGAAGGCCUAGGUUGACAUUUUUUCUCACAGAAUUGGUCAUAUUGUAAAUCAAAACAUGAUUGGUUGAUUCAAUAAAUCCUUUGUUUCAUCUAAUCCUUCAGUUAAUCUAAUGUUUAUGCGCAGUUGACAUCACCUCAUGAAACUGAGGCUGGUCCAGACGAUUAGUGAGAAAAAAAAAAAAAAAUCUCAAUAUUUGGUGCAGUUAGCAAGCUAGUAACCCAGUAAAACACAAAAGUGAACACAAUGAUAUCAGAUCACUAUACACUAUAUACUAUACUGCAGCACACUGAUCCGUAACAAAAAACUGAUAGCUUGUGUGGUUGUGACUUGUGUGCAGCAGUGAUUAGCCAAAAAGUUAACAUUGCAGUUGCAAGCUGGCAAACUCAUCUACAAAGAGUAAAACCACAAAAGUUAAGAUAAUAAUACUGUCUCGUGUCUAUCUGUGUAUCAUACAGUGUUUCAUGUGUUUAUUUGUAGCAAGUGGAGAAAAAAUUUUAAAAGAUUUGAGCUUAAACUCUGGUUAAAUUAGCAUUUAAUGUAUUUUGGAUCUUCAGUGCUGCUAUAUGAAGCCCUGCCCCAGCCAUGGUCAACACA